AAUGGUCCGCAAAUGUUUUGGUCGGGGGUCGAAAAACUCAAAUUACCUGGCGCAUGACUCACGCGUGCAUAACGCGUCGAAAAGCCUUGCCUUGUUUUUCAUGAACUCCAUGUUUGUCGGUGUGGCUGCUCAUUUUUCGACCAAACGAAGGCGUUGCCAUCCCGGGAUGAACGUCGAUCAAGAAAUCGAGCUCAAUGUUGCUGUCCGAGAGUACUUGAGCUACGCCGAAUAUCAAACUUCCUUGGAAGCAUUUGACGCCGAGAUCGGUGAGAAAGGCCGAAGGAAAGCGCCUGCUGAUGGAGGCGAUGACGAUGCUAUAAUUACAGCGGUGAUCCAGAAGGAGGCAACAUUUCUCGAUGCCUUCCAUAAAGGAGAACGAUCCCCGUUUUUCAAGCUUUGGGAUGACUGCUUCCCGAGUUCUUGGCGCCUAUCAGAUCCCGUGUAUGGAAAGCUGGAGUUCCUGGUGAACAUUUACUUUGCUGUGUGGCCGCUGUUUCAGACGGAAGGAGAUGCGCAAACACGGCUCCAGGGGCUGUCCCAAACAAUGGAGCCGUUCAAAAAGUUUUUGGAAACGAGAGGAUCAGAGCUUUCCAAAACGCCCCAGUUUCUUUCGUACUAUGCCCUCCCUUACAUUCCGGAUCCGCGAGAGCACCCAUCGUUCAAGGAGCUCUUCGAAAAGGACUGGGCCGCGGACCUUGAGCGACGACUGAGAUCAUUCCUACGGAACUCCCUUAAGGCUGUUGUCAAGCCUAGGUUGCUUACGCUCCUGAAUGCUGAGCGUGAUGCCAAAGAAUUGGAAGAUCUAAAAAAGAAGUUUUCUGACCUCGAAUCACAAGACACGGAGCGGGCUGGCAAACAUCGGGAUCUUCAGAGCGAUUAUCACAACCUUAUUACGAUUGCAUCGGAACUGGUACAGACCUUGACGGCCUGCAUUCACGGACAAAAGAUUACCCCGGCGUACUUGGCAGGCGUCUGCCAACGUCUCGCAACAUUCAAGCAAAGCAAUCAGCGCAAAGGUGGUUCGGUAGAUCAGCGGUCCAGCAGUGUGCAAAACAACCAUGCCGCUCGCGCGGCGGAUCAUAUGCAUUCGAAAUUAGGGGGAGCGGCGUCAUCGCCAUCAUUGCUUCCAGCGCAAUCGAACGGUCCUGUGGCUUCAUUGGAGCGGUACUUGAAUUACGAGGCGAUCACCACCGAUCUUCAAAAGAAUCCUGACGUUGCUACCGAUGUGUUGAAGGCACUAACGAUGCUGGCCGCCCAACCCCCGACACUGGCAGAACGCCGGAAAGUGUUCGACACUUAUCUUGGUUCAGAUGUGCUUGGUAUCAGAGCUGGAAAGCCACUCUUGGACAACCUGCUUGAAAGAUCACCAUCGUCUACACUUCUUCAGACCGUCAUCCUCAUCAACAGACUCACAACCGCAUCAAGCGGGCGGGAGUAUCUUCUUCAUAGCCGCACACUGAUCCCAACUCUUCUCCGUACCCUCAAGUCGGAACCAGCGACAUCACAUCUGUUUCAGCAGACCCUUCAAUCAUUGCAAAAACUCUCGUUGCGGCGGGGAGCACAAUCGCAAAUGAACGACUCGAAAACAGUAUCUUACUUGAUCGAGCUGCUGGAUGCAGAUGAUUUGGAGGCGCUUGGGGAGCCAACCGUAGAGUACGCGGCUGCGUUGAUGAUGAACCUGUGUUUGAGGAAGAAAGGGAAGGGAGAGUGCUGCAUGGGGAGAGAGGAGAGAGUCCUGAAAGUGUUGACUGCGGUGAUGGAGGUGGAGAGCCUGCAGGUGAAAACAUAUGUGAAUGGCACACUAUAUAGCUUGUUCACCGAGCCUACGCUGCGAGAUGCCGCACGCGCGAUGGGCAUGGAAGACAUGCUCAGAUAUAUGCGAGAGUCCGAAGACGAUCAGCUUGUGGGACAAAUUGAUUUUGUGCUGGGUCAGCUUGCCAUCGAGGACCAAACAGACUCUGCAAAUCAGUCGGCCGACUCGGACGCUAUCUCCGAAGAUGGACAAGAGGAGGACGAGGAUGAAGAGGAGGAAGAGGAAGAGAACGAAGGCGUAGAAGUCGAUUUCCUCCCCUCUCCGUUGCAUUCCACAGACGACGCCCCAGUGAACCCAGCGCUAGUCCUGCAGAAAUACACUCUUCAGAAGCCGACCCGUCCCCCAUCACCCUCGUCAUCCCGCCACCCACCGAUGCCCCCGCGACGCCGAGAUUUUAGCCUUCAAUCCAACGCCAGUAACGCUGCGAGCACAAUCGCGUCCCUCACGCGGCCUGCAACGCCGCAGUUCCAGCGUCACUCCAGUACCGGUGGAGCAAACAUUGGACAACAACAUCUUCAAGGCUUGAAGGGCAAACGGGCUGGUGGCCCGGCGUUGCCACCGGUUCCAGGGGGCGGGAAAGGCGGGAAAGGCGGGGUCCGGGAGAAAGACAAGGACAGGGGGCCGAUAUCUGCUGAGGAGGAGCAAGAAAUCGAGCAAGCGUUCUCCACCCGUCCUCGUAUCGCGCGGACACCAUUGCCAUCGGAGAGCGAGGGGCGGCGCCACAUCGACGGACUCUCCAAUGAUGGGCCAAGAGUUCAUGGAAGGGGCAGAGACAUAUAGAGACGCAACCAUAUGACAUAUAUAUAUCAAUGACAUAUUCCCGACGACAGAAAAUUACAAAAUUAAG